CGUCUACCGCCGAAAAUCCGUUAUUGGAAAUAAUUUCGUUUAAAAUGAAUUGUGACUAUUGAUAAAUCAACAUGUCAGCCUCCAUGAAUUAACAUUUUACAAUUUUAUAAAUAUUUCAAGUAAUUGUUCGAGUUUAACUUGACAUUGAAUACAGACAUUAUGACGAAAAGAAAGAGGAGUAAAUCCAGGUCUAGAGAAAGAAGAAAGUCGUCAGAUCGCAAACGCGAAAGAUCAGAGUCUGGAAAUAAAAAGAAAGAAAGACGAGAAUCAAGCGAGCAGAGCCACAAGAAACGGAAACACAGAAAAGAACACAAAAGAAGAAGAUCUUCAAGUUCGUCCUCAACAAGUUCUUCUUCUUCUUCUUCUUCAUCAUCAACGUCCUCAUCAUCAUCAUCGUCAAGAGAGAGAAAAAGAAAGGAAAAGAAAAGAAAGAAGAAGAAGUUAAAGAAAAAGAUGAAGAAGAAAGCAAAAGGAGAAAAAUCAAACCUAGCUGGGCCAUCUCCUGCUUCUACGUCAGGCAGUGUUCAAGACGAGAACCGUGAAGCCCAGGCACGUGCAGCUGCGAUGAGACCAAUGACCAAAGAGGAAUGGGAAAAAAAGCAGAACACAAUACGCAGAGUGUACGAUCCAGAAACUGGGAGAAACAGAUUGGUGAGAGGUGAUGGUGAAAUUAUUGAAGAAAUUGUCAGCAAGGACAGACACAAAGAAAUUAACCAGCAAUCAACCAGAGGUGAUGCAGCUUACUAUGCAAUGAAGAUGGGAACACUUGAUAAAUGACCUUGUAUAUUGUGUUACUUUAUGAGGAAAGAAAAAUCCUUUAUCAUUUAUCACAUAGUAUUAUAAAAUAUAUAUCAAUCUCGACAGAGCUUUCAACAACUGUUCCUUUAUUGCAAUUCCAAAUUUGUUAUUUUGAAAUGUAAAUGUUUUUUAUUUGCAAACUGGCAUUUAUGGUUCAUGUUUCAAAUAAAUCACAAUCUAUAUAGACUGUGUAGUAUGGGGAAGCAGGAAAUGAAGGUGUCAGAUUUUACCAGGUAAAACGGGAAAUUGAUUUUGUAUCCUAUUGUAGCAGGUGCCCUACACAAAGGUGAUAUUCCCAAGUUUUAUUAUAAAACUUGGUUAAUCACCUUUCUAAUUUGUUGUACUGAAUAACUAUGCAACCUGAUUGUAAACCUUUUUUUCUUGUAUUUUGUUUGUUAAGCUUGAAUGCAGUUAUUACUAUUUGUUACAUUUAUUGGGUAUUGGGUGUCAUUACUUAUCUUUAACUUCAUUACAAUAAAGAAAGGAAAUAAUGGCGAGGGUGUAUUCUUAUCAUUAUUACAUAGAAUAUAUAGAUCAGUUUUGAAGACCUACAUGUAUUUGCUUUUGAUAUUGCUAUCAGAUUAUGUUUUUAUAUUUUAAGUGUAUUUUACACCCGAAUAAAUUUUUGGAAAUUA